CACCUUUGGGCUGAAUUGGAACACCGAAGGCGUGCCAGGCCUAAUCGCCCAACAUCAGUGCCCGACCUCACUAAUACUCUUGUGGCUGAAUGGAAGCAAGUCCCCGCAGCAAUGUUCCAACAUCUAGUGGAAAGCCUUCCCAGAAGAGUGGAGGCUGUUAUAGCAGCAAAAGUGUGACCAACUCCAUAUUAAUGCCUAUGAAUUUGGAAUGAGAUGUCCGACGAGCAGGUGUCCACAUACUUUUGGUCAUGUAGUGUAUGUCUUCACACCCCAGCAUUAGUACAAGCAUUUCGCUUGAUUUUGAUUUGACUUGGGGGAAGCGCCCUUGGCAGCAAUUACAGCUGUAAUUCAUUUUGAAUAAUAGUCAACCAUUGUUUUUGUCAAAAUUGCUCAAGUUCAGUCAUUUUUGUUGGGAAUCAGGCAACAUUCAAACCUGGUGUCUGAUUUUCAAACCUGGUGUCUGAUUUUCAAGCACAUUUAAUGUCAAGACCGAGACUGGACCCCUCAGGAAGCAAUACUUUGUGGGAUGAGUAGAAACGGGGCUAUCUGAGCAGAGCCUGAAGGAAGGGAGCGAUAACGUCUUGGUUAUCAACAUCGAUUCAAAUGAAGUCAUUGUAAAGGGACUAUAUUUUUCAAAGAGCACCUUUAGUUUCUAUAACUUUACAGUUUUACAGUUAUUUCCCCCAAUCAGGAGCACCAGCACAUUUCCUAUAAAACAUUUAACAAGCACAAUAUCAACCAGAACAAACCAGACACAAAGCCUAUUCAAUGUUAAAAUUAUAACUUUAUUUUUCGCAUACAAACGUUCAUUUGAUAACUGGUACUCAUUUUGGCUCCCAUAAUUCAUUUAGUAACCAUAGAGUUUUAAAUUCCAUCAAAGUUGAGAACGAACCGAUUCUCUUCAUAAUGUAUUUACAAGCACAUAUCACAUCUGGUAUCAAACAAUAACAAUACACUCACCAAAGACACAAGGCUGGUUUCCAGCUCUCUGGUUUCCAGCUCUCUUUCAAAUCCUUGUAUAAAGAGUCACUUUUCAGUUGGAUUGUUGUUUAUCAAGGCAGAGUCGGAAUAUGGCACCCUAUUCCAUAGCCUGAUCAGCCCAACAGUAGUGCACUAGAUAGGGUACAGGGUGCCAUUUGGGACACAGCCAGAGUCAGGAAACAAAUUAGAGUUUAGUUUCAUCGGGACUUCAAAUCGUCUCAGAGAGAAGUUUUUUUUUGUAUUUUUGUUUUUUUUUAAAGAGGAAGUUUAUUGAAAAUUGUCACUGUCAUGCAGGAGUUUCAAACGUCAUGUUUCCUUCUAACACAUAUGUAGUGUACUCUCACACAUAGCUUCUCCAUCCCAAAUGGCACCCUAUUCCCUAUAUAGGACACUACUUUCGACCAGAGCCCCUAGGAAAGCCCAUAAGGCUCUGGUCAAAAAUAGUGCCCUAUGUAGGGGAUAGGGUGAUACAUGUACGCUCCUGCUCUGAUUGUAGUCUUAAGGAAUCAGACGUUCAUAAACACAAGACUAUUAAAAAGCACAGGCAUGCAGAGAAUCCCUAGUUAAAUCUACAGUCCUACGACAACGUAAAACACUCACUAGUAGCAGGAAGACGAACGGACGCGUUCCAGGCAGACACAGGUUCAGAAAAGAACAGGCAACGUAACACUCACUAGUAGCAGGAAGACAAACAGCAGGAAGACGAACGGACGCGUUCCAGGCUGACUACAUUUCAGACGCAUGCCAGAUUUCAUUCCAGCUGGAUCAGUGUUCGUUAACCACAUCAUAUGUUAUAGCAAUCUGAUGCCCGACUGCACGCAACCAUUGGUUGACGCAAUGCAUUGACUGCAAUAUAGUUGACCUGGAACGCGUCCUAUAGUUUCAGAAGUGAUCAUGAGGCAUUGCAGGCUGUUAUACUGGGGCAGAACACUGAAUACUGCCUCAGUAGAUAUUUACCUUUAAAAAACGCUCCAAUCAAAACUCUCAUAGCGUUAUUAAGGUGUCAAAGGUAAAUACUUCAUACAGCUGCUAAAGGAAGGCGUACACACUGCCCAGUCAGAAAACAACAUCCUGUCCCAAAUGGCACCCUAUUCACUUUAUAGUGCACUAUUAAAGUAGUGCACUGUAUAGGAAAUAGGGUGUCAUUAAAUCAAGCCAUACAUACUGAGCUACAAAUGCUGAGAUAGGGACAAGACAAAAGUGUUAGGGUGGUAAAACUAAUUAAGAUCACCAUUCAACAAUAUAACUACACAAUAACUUUAUAAACCCAAGAUAAAUAAAUACAUAAAGUAUCUCUAUAUACACUAAAUAAACGUUGGCGUCAUCAAACCAGGAGCUGGGGGUUAAAGGUACAGUGGGGGAAAAAAGUAUUUAGUCAGCCACCAAUUGUGCAAAUUCUCCCACUUAAAAAGAUGAGAGAGGCCUGUCAUUUUCAUCAUAGGUACACGUCAACUAUGACAGACAAAUUGAGAAAAAAUAAUCCAGAAAAUCACAUUGUAGGAUUUUUAAUGAAUUUAUUUGAAAAUACUUAUUUUCCACCAUAAUUUGCAAAUAAAUUCAUAAAAAAUCCUACAAUGUGAUUUUCUGGAUUAUUUUUUCUCAAUUUGUCUGUCAUAGUUGACGUGUACCUAUGAUGAAAAUGACAGGCCUCUCUCAUCUUUUUAAGUGGGAGAACUUGCACCAUUGGUGGCUGACUAAAUACUUUUUUUCCCCACUGUACAAUAUCAAAGUGUGCGUCCCAAAUGGCCCCCUAUUCCCUAUAUAGGGCACUACUUUAGACCAGGGCCCAUAGCAUUGGUUCAUUAUUUUCGUCCCUAUGGGAACAUAAGGCUUCCACAAGAGAGCACUCUAGGGAUCCACUCAAAAACAGUGCACUAUAUAGGGAAAAGGGGGUCAUUUGGGACCAUUAAGGGUAACCAUAGUAGCAUUAGCGUGUUAGGUAAAUAUAGCGAUACUGAAUCUGUGGAGCCAGAGGAGACCGACAGGAAACAUUUCAGUUAGCAGGGUUGGGUAGGUUACUUUCUGAAUGCAGUUACUAGUUACCUGUUAAAAAUGGUAAUCAGUAACGUACCUCAGUAACUUUUGGAUGACUUCCCCUUUAGAGGCAUUAGAAGAGGAAAAAGAGGAUCCAUCAAACACAUUUGGUGUCUGACAGAGUGGUGUCUGACAUCAGAGUGGUGUCUGACAUCAGAGUGGUGUCUGACAUCAGAGUGGUGUCUGACAUCAGAGUGGUGUCUGACAGAGUGGUGUCUGACAUCAGAGUGGUGUCUGACAGAGUGGUGUCUGACAGAGUGGUGUCUGACAGAGUGGUGUCUGACAUCAGAGUGGUGUCUGACAGAGUGGUGUCUGACAUCAGAGUGGUGUCUGACAGAGUGGUGUCUGACAUCAGAGUGGUGUCUGACAUCAGAGUGGUGUCUGACAUCAGAGUGGUGUCUGACAUCAGAGUGGUGUCUGACAUCAGAGUGGUGUCUGACAGAGUGGUGUCUGACAUCAGAGUGGUGUCUGACAUCAGAGUGGUGUCUGACAUCAGAGUGGUGUCUGACAGAGUGGUGUCUGACAUCAGAGUGGUGUCUGAUUUAUGGUCAGACUCACUCAGGUGGGACAAAGUCAAACUCGUCCCUUUUUUCAAUGCUGAAUUCAAUGUCAUUGAGAAAACAGAAAGGUGUCAAUGUAUUUCCCCCCCCCCCCACAAACAUCCUUUCUGAAUUAAAAAGUAAACCCGAGAAGUAAUCAUCUAGCUUUUCAAAAGUAUCUGUAAUCCGAUUACAACAUUUUUGCUUGUUACAUAUUUUUCUGUAAUCAGAUUACCUGUAAUCAGUUCCUCCCCAACCCUGACCGUUAGUCAACACACCUGUAAUCAGUUCCUCCCCAACCCUGACCGUUAGUCAACACACCUGUAAUCAGUUCCUCCCCAACCCUGACCGUUAGUCAACACACCUGUAAUCAGUUCCUCCCCAACCCUGACCGUUAGUCAACACACCUGUAAUCAGUUCCUCCCCAACCCUGACCGUUAGUCAACACACCUGUAAUCAGUUCCUCCCCAACCCUGACCGUUAGUCAACACACCUGUAAUCAGUUCCUCCCCAACCCUGACCGUUAGUCAACACACCUGUAAUCAGUUCCUCCCCAACCCUGACCGUUAGUCAACACACCUGUAAUCAGUUCCUCCCCAACCCUGACCGUUAGUCAACACACCUGUAAUCAGUUCCUCCCCAACCCUGACCGUUAGUCAACACACCUGUAAUCAGUUCCUCCCACCCGUAGUCAACACACCUGUAAUCCUCCCCAACCCUGACCGUUAGUCAACACACCUGUAAUCAGUUCCUCCCCAACCCUGACCGUUAGUCAACACACCUGUAAUCUCCCAACCCUGACCGUUAGUCAACACACCUGUAAUCAGUUCCUCCCCAACCCUGACCGUUAGUCAACACACCUGUAAUCAGUUCCUCCCCAACCCUGACCGUUAGUCAACACACCUGUAAUCAGUUCCUCCCCAACCCUGACCGUUAGUCAACACACCUGUAAUCAGUAUAGAUCAGGGGGCUUUAACUACUGUUCUGCAGAGCUACCGGGGGUGCAGGCUUUCGUUUCUUCACAACACUAAUACACCUGUUUCAUGGUUUGGACCAACUUUCCGUGUUGAUUAUUUCAAUCCUGGUUGGAGGAUUUCGGAUUUUCUACGUAUUUCCUUCUGACUCCGGGAAUCUUCCAACCGGGAUUUCGGGAAAACAGGGAAUUUAUUGAAAGUUCCCGGAAUUUUGCAACCCUACGGUUUUCAUUACACAUCCACAGUACACAUUCAAAACUAGUUUGCCAUGUCAGUUCAUUUCGGCAAACGAGUUCAACUUCAAAAAAAAUUCUACACGGUGAGUCGUUUACAAAGUUAUAGGAAAAGGCACGUAUGGUUGGUAUUAAUGGAGGCUCCUCAGAGGAGAAAGGGGAGGACGUCAUCUACUGACCGCCACUGCUUGGUAUAGAAUAUAAAUAAGCACUAUUUACAGAGAAUAAGUUAGUUUCUAUACAGUGUCUGUCUGUUCAACGUAAUAACCUGCUAGACGCUGGUUUUAAAAUGACUCAAAUCGGCUCAACUCCUCCUCAGCCCCCUCUGCUGAGAACCAUAACCCCACAUCCUUCCCCUUGCCUUUAUAUUCCCCUUGUAGGUUCCUGUGAGACUUAUAGCUGUACAUUUAGUGUCCACAGCCUGUUGUGAAAUCUAUUUGGCCUAAGUAGUAGCACACUAACUAUUGAUUUGGUAUAACUUUGAUUAUAUUAAGCAGAAAUAAGUUUCCUAAGACUCAAUCAGUAUUAAGGUUCAACCAGGGGGGUUGUGUUAGAAGGAAUAGGGCUUUCAUUUCCAUAUCCACCUGUUUAAAGUGUUGUCUUGCCAAAGACAAAUGACAAUUCAAUAAGAUGUUGGCAACAGAGCAGAAACAUACUGGUACUCAGGCUAGGUUCAGAAGGUGUUGGCAACAGAGCAGAAACAUACUGGUACUCAGGCUAGGUUCAGAAGGUGUUGGCAACAGAGCAGAAACAGACUGGUACUCAGGCUAGGUUCAGAAGGUGUUGGCAACAGAGCAGAAACAGACUGGUACUCAGGCUAGGUUCAGAGGGUGUUGGCAACAGAGCAGAAACAGACUGGUACUCAGGCUAGGUUCAGAAGGUGUUGGCAACAGAGCAGAAACAUACUGGUACCCAGGCUAGGUUCAGAAGGUGUUGGCAACAGAGCAGAAACAUACUGGUACUCAGGCUAGGUUCAGAAGGUGUUGGCAACAGAGCAGAAACAUACUGGUACUCAGGCUAGGUUCAGAAGGUGUUGGCAACAGAGCAGAAACAUACUGGUACCCAGGCUAGGUUCAGAAGGUGUUGGCAACAGAGCAGAAACAUACUGGUACUCAGGCUAGGUUCAGAAGGUGUUGGCAACAGAGCAGAAACAUACUGGUACCCAGGCUAGGUUCAGACCCCACAGAGAAGGGAAACACAGGUGACAUUUGUAACAACAUGUCUGUUUUCUGCAGUAAAGAGCUUGCUACAAGGCAGCACAAAACAUACAGAUUAGAUUGCUUUAGAAUCUUCAGUUUGGGGGACGACAGUUUUAAGAAACAAAACAUUUAAAAACAUCACCAGAAAUUGAGCUUGUUAUCCUGGUAUUCAAAGAUAUAGAUGUUCACAAAACUACUGCUAAAGUAACUACUGCUAAAGAAAAGUUUUUUGCUAAAAAUAUUAAAAGAUUACCGAACAUAGACCAUAACACGGUCAACUGGACCGUCCAUUGUGUUAAAUAAGGAUCUGCAGGUGGGUAGAUUGGGUGGAGGGCUGCUGGGUGGAGAGCUGCUGGGUGGAGAGCUGCUGGGUGGAGAGCUGCUGGGUGGAGAGCUGCUGGGUGGAGAGCUGCUGGGUGGAGGCCUCCAUGGUGGUUACAGUGGUCAACCUGACUGUUAAGACUAGACUGUGGGCUCGUUCCAGAACGUCUAUGUUGCAGUCGCUCUGUACAGCUCAGUGAGAUGUGAUCAUCUGUGCAGAAUGACUGCAACACAGACGCCCUGAAACAUACCUCGUCUCUACAACCAUAUAUAGACAGCAGUGUGUGGACACACCUUCAAAUUAGUUGAUUCAAUUUCAGCCACACCCGUUGCUGACAGGUGUAUCAAAUCGAGCACACAGUCAUGCAAUCUCCAUAGACAAACAUUGGCAGUAGAAUGGCCCGUACUGAAGAGCUCAGUGACUUUCAACGUGGCACCGUCACAGGAUGCCACCUUUCCAACAAGUCAGUUCAUCAAAUUUCUGCCCUGCUAGAGCUGCCCCGGUCAACUGUAAGUGCUGAAACGUCUAGGAGCAAACAAAUGCUCAGCCGCGAAGUGGUAGAGGCCACACAAGCUCGCAGAACGGGACCGCCGAGUGCUGAAGAGCGUAAAAAAUUAUCUGUCCUCGGUUGCAACACUCACUAGCGAGUUCCAAACUGCCUCUGGAAGCAACGUCAGAACCACGUAGACACACAAAGAUCCAGUCUUCAGUGUGUCUUUGCUGCUUCCCAGCCAGUGAUUGAGCGGCACUCUUCAGGCGGUCAGCCCUCUUUUCAGAACAGGGUUGCGUUCCGUGACAUACUGAAACGUUCUACGUAAUAUGUUGAUCUGAACGUAACAUAACCAUAUAUGGUGUGAUAAAUAAGGUCGUUUACUCAGGCCGUUUUAUUGAAGAAAACGGUCACGGUUCCUGUCUGUGUAAGUGGGUGUUCCCCUCUCUGGCGUGAGCAUGCUUUUCCCCACGUGAGUUCGGUUCCUCCGUAAUAUCUGGGCAUGCUCACGUGAGAGAGGGAACAGCCCCACCCCGUCCAGUGAAAUGUCUCGCUCUGGGGCACCCCAUCCGCGGGCGGGGGCAAUAUGCAGACCAGGGUGGCCCCCGCCCCGAAACCCCCCAAAUAUGAAUAAGUGGCUCUGAGUGGGGCGUCUCGCGUUCUCUGACAUAACGUUCUGUGGUACUGAACGCAGCCCUGUCAGUGACCUUGUUCUCCACCAGGGCGGCGACCUGCUGUAGACGAUAGGCCACAGGUCAGAAGUGAGGGGUUAGAGGUCAGUGACCUUGUUCUCCACCAGGGCGGCGACCUGCUGUAGACGAUAGGCCAGCUGCAUCUUCUGGCCCGCUGCAUCCUCCUCCAGAGACAUGAUGAUCUACAGACAGACAACAGCAUUAGUACUUAUACAGGAGUGUGUGUGUUGUGUGUGUUGUGUGUGUGUGUGUGUGUGUGUGUGUCUGUGUGUUCUGUGUUUGUGUGUGUUGUGUGUGUGUGGUGUGUUCUGUGUUUGUGUGUGUCUGUGUGUGUUCUGUGUUUGUGUGUGUUCUGUGUGUGUGGUAUGUAUGUGUGUGUGUGUGUGUCUGUGUGUGUGUGGUGUGUUCUGUAUGUGUGUGUGGUGUGUUCUGUCUGUGUGUGUGUGUGUGUCUGUGUGUGUGUGUGUGUGGUGUGUUCUGUCUGUGUGUGUGUCUGUGUCUCUGUCUAUAUACCUGGUCGUAGUAUUUGUGUCUCUGUCUAUAUACCUGGUCGUAGUAUUUGUCUGUGUGUCUCUGUCUAUAUACCUGGUCGUAGUAUUUGUGUCUGUGUGUCUCUGUCUAUAUACCUGGUCGUAGUAUUUGUGUCUCUGUCUAUAUACCUGGUCGUAGUAUUUGUGUCUCUGUCUAUAUACCUGGUCGUAGUAUUUGUGUCUGUGUCUCUGUCUAUAUACCUGGUCGUAGUAUUUGUCUGUGUGUCUCUGUCUAUAUACCUGGUCGUAGUAUUUGUUGAUGUGUGUCUCUGUCUAUAUACCUGGUUGUAGUAUUUGUCUGUGUGUCUCUGUAUAUAUACCUGGUCGUAGUAUUUGUGUGUCUCUGUCUAUAUACCUGGCCGUAGUAUUUGUGUGUCUCUGUCUAUAUACCUGGUCGUAGUAUUUGUGUCUCUGUGUCUCUGUAUAUAUACCUGGUCGUAGUAUUUGUGUGUCUCUGUCUAUAUACCUGGUCGUAGUAUUUGUCUCUGUGUCUCUGUCUAUAUACCUGGUCGUAGUAUUUGUCUCUGUGUCUCUGUCUAUAUACCUGGUCGUAGUAUUUGUCUCUGUGUCUCUGUCUAUAUACCUGGUCGUAGUAUUUGUCUCUGUGUCUCUGUCUAUAUACCUGGUCGUAGUAUUUGUUGAUGUACUUGUACAGCUCAAGCAGAGCCACCAGACUGUUCAUGUCUGAUCCAAAACUCUGAAAAGUCAGACAUGGAAACACAAUGUUACAAUCUACUGGUUACGGACCGGCACUGUGCUAUACAUUACAACAAAAUGCUAAAUACAAUUUAAUUUAACUUAAUAGACUCCAUAAUAAUCUCAGAGUAAAGUAGAGUAGAGUAGAGUAGGGCUGGGUUGAGUAGAGUGGAUAGGAGGGGAGGAGGGGAGGGGAGGAGGGGAGAGGAUAGAGGAGGGGAGAGGAUAGGGGAGGGGAGGGGAGGGGGGAGAGGAGAGGAGAGGAGAGGAGAGGAGAGGAGAGGAGAGGAGAGGAGAGGAGAGGAGAGGAGAGGAGAGGAGAGGAGAGGAGAGGAGAGGAGAGGAGAGGAGAGGAGAGGAGAGGAGAGGAGAGGAUAGGGAAGGAGGGGAGAGAAUAGGGGAGAAGGGGAGAGGAGAGGAGAGGAGAGGAGAAGGGAGAGGGGGAGAAGGGGGGAUGGGAGAGGAUAGGGGAGGAGAGGGAGAAGGGAGAGGGGAGGAGGGGAGAGGAGAGAGGAUAGGGGAGGAGGAGAGGGGAGGAGAGGAAGGGAGAGGAGAGGAUGGGGGAGGAGGAGAGGAGAGGAGAGGAGAGGAGGGGAGGGAGAGGAGAGGAGAGGAGAGGAGAGGAGAGGAGAGGAGAGGAGAGGAGAGGAGAGGAGAGGAGAGGAGAGGAGAGGAGAGGAGAGGAGAGGAGAGGAGGGGAGAGGAGAGGAGAGGAGAGGAGAGGAGGAGGGGAGAGUUUAAAUCCCCACUCACCCCAGACAGCUCUGUUAGAGUAGAGUUCAUCUCUUGGUAA